AUGAGCUUCACAACCAUCGCCCUGCUUCUCUUCCUCAAUGGCGCACUCGCUAACUUCACCGUCACCUUUGCACCUACCUCCGUCAUCGAAUACUUGGGAGAGCAGAGCUCCCCAUUUCAUUGGCCUGCGGUGAACAUCCCCUCCGGCACAGCCGUAACCAUCAUUAUCCAACCCUCUACGUCGGAUCUCUCGUCGACCUCGGGCGAUACUUUGUUCGUUGUCGGUACCGGUUCGGAUACGAGUUGUCUGCCGCAGGCGACAUCGAGCAACUCCACGUCUUUGAAUACGAGCCGGACUCGAAUUUCAUCUUCUACUUCGACGUCCAUUGGCCCACACAACGAAGACGGAGUUACAUCUUCAACCACACAAACCGGGAUCUCACGCAUCAUCGUCAUAGAAUCCGUCCUGGUAGCAAUAAUCGCAACUACUCUAGUCAUCCUCCUCAUCCACACUGCCUUGCAUUAUCGUAAACAAAGAGCCAGACGACGACCCAAGCCCAAUUCACCACCCUCGCAUUCCGCAGAUAGAAUCGACCCGUUUAUGGACCCGGCUGGAGGUGGUCAAGCACCACCUGCGCGGACAUCAGCCGAAGUUAACAAUGCGCCUAGCGAGUCUGAAUCCGUGCUCGCGAUGGCCGGAAGCUUCUUUUCGACAAGGAUCUCGACAACGCGAAGUACGAAUACAGACGCCAACCCAACGCGACUGGCACCUCCGCCGAAGAAAGCGCGUCGAGAGAGGGGACAUCGGAGCACUGAGACCAUGAACCCAAUGGUCGAAAACACGGAGCAGCCACCUCGAGAAGUAUCAGCUCGUGAUGGAGAGGGAGAGGGAGAAGGAGAAGGGCAGGGACAUGAUAUUCACUAUCUGGUACGGGAGAUGGGGAGGCUGAAGGCGAGGUUAGACGCGCUCACUUCUGCGCAGGGUAACGUUGGGUCAUCGAAUAGGACGGAGAAUGGUUCUGAGAACCUCAGUACGAAACCACCGACGUAUCGUUCACGGACUGGGGGAUCUGAAUAA